AACGGGGUUACAUUGAAUUCUUUUGAAAAAAAAGAAAGGAGCGACACUGUGAUAUUAGUAAAAAAUUUUGCAUUUGGUGUCACCCAAGAGGAUUUGACUCAACUGUUUGGAUGGUACGGAGAAAUUGGACGCAUAAUAAUACCACCUGCUCAAACGAUUGCAGUUGUAGAAUUUAAACUGCCUACUGAAGCAAGAAAUGCGUUUAAAAGUCUUGCUUAUAAAAAAUUUAGGGGAUUGCCUCUUUAUCUGGAAAAGGCACCCAAAGAUGUAUUUAAGGAUGAAAAUGAUCAGAAUAAAAAGUCCAGCGAAGACAACGACCCGUCCGCAAAAGUACUUUCUUCUACAGAUCUCGUUGAGUCUUCUCGAGAUAUCGAUGACGAUGUUGAAGUGUCGUCACAAGUGAUUGCCACCCUGUUUGUCAAGAAUCUAAGUUUUGAUACCGAUGAAGAGGGAUUGAAGAAAGCAUUCAAGAAUACACCAGGCAUGAAAUCGGCAAAGAUAAAAAUGAAAAGUGAUACUAAAAAUCCUGGAAAGAAGUUGAGCAUGGGGUUUGGAUUUAUUGAAUACGAUAGUUUGAAGAAUGCGAAAAACGCUUUGAAGGCCAUGCAGGGUUUUAUGCUAGAUGGUCAUGCCUUACAAUUAAAAUUUUCAAAUAAAGGUCUAGAUACA